UUUCAGCCAGCGUCUGCCGCCAGCCGGGCUCGUCACCGCCGCCGCCCGACCCCUGUGCUCGGGUGCGCGCUCUCGCUUGCGUGCUUCCUGCCGCCGCCGCCGGGACCAUGGCGACCUGCUUUCGGUUGCGGGGCUGCCUGACCCUGCACCUCCCCACUGCACCUGCGAUCCGCGGCCUCCGCCCCCGCGCCGACUGCCUGGUGGCCACCACGCGGCCCUCGCCAGGCCCGGCCCCGAUCCGCCGCUAUGCCCGGGGCACAGAGGGCCUUUCCUCGGCACUGCUGCGCACCGACGGCUUCGUGGGUGGCCGCUGGCUCUCGGCCGCCUCCACCUUCCCGGUGUACGACCCGGCCAGCGGCGCCGAGCUGGGCUUGGUGGCCGACUGCGGGGUGUCCGAGGCCCGCGCCGCGGUGCGCGCCGCCUAUGAGGCUUUCUGCACCUGGAAGGGGGUCUCGGCCAAGGAGAGGAGUUCUUUCCUUCGGAAAUGGUAUGAUUUAAUGAUACAAAAUAAGGAUGACCUUGCCAAGAUAAUUACAGCUGAAAGUGGAAAACCACUGAAGGAGGCACAGGGAGAAAUUCUCUAUUCUGCCAACUUUCUGGAGUGGUUUUCAGAGGAAGCCCGCCGCGUUUAUGGAGAUGUUAUCUACACCCCAGCCAAAGAAAGGCGGGCUCUGGUCCUCAAGCAGCCCGUUGGUGUAGCUGCAGUCAUCACCCCAUGGAAUUUCCCCAGUGCCAUGAUCACACGGAAGGUGGGGGCCGCCCUGGCAGCGGGCUGCACGGUGGUGGUGAAACCUGCGGAGGACACGCCCUUCUCCGCCCUGGCCUUGGCCCAGCUUGCAAACCAGGCUGGAAUUCCUCCGGGUGUGUACAAUGUUAUUCCCUGCUCUCAAAAGAAGGCCAUGGAAGUAGGGGAAGCACUGUGCACGGAUCCUCUUGUGUCUAAAAUCUCCUUUACAGGCUCCACAGCCACCGGAAAGGUCCUGUUGCACCACGCAGCAAACUCUGUGAAAAGGGUGUCCAUGGAGCUGGGCGGCCAUGCCCCCUUCAUCGUGUUCGACAGCGCCAAUGUGGACCAGGCUGUGGCAGGGGCCAUGGUCUCCAAAUUUAGGAACUCUGGACAGACUUGUGUUUGCUCUAACCGUUUCUUGGUGCAAAGAGGUAUCCAUGAUUCCUUUGUGAAAAAAUUUGCCGAGGCAAUUAAGACAAACCUGUGUGUGGGUAAUGGAUUUGAAGAGAGAACUACUCAAGGCCCGUUAAUUAAUGAGAAAGCAGUAGAAAAGGUAGAGAAGCAUGUGAUUGAUGCCAUUUCCAAAGGGGCCACCGUUGUGACAGGGGGGAAGCGACAUCAAGUUGGAAAAAAUUUCUUCGAGCCCACCCUGCUCAGCAACGUCACCCAGGAAAUGCUCUGCUCUCGGGAAGAGACUUUUGGGCCACUGGCACCAGUUAUCAAGUUCGAUACAGAGGAAGAGGCAGUGGCGAUCGCUAAUGCAGCCAAUGUGGGGUUGGCAGGUUAUUUUUACUCUCAAGACCUAGCCCAGAUCUGGAGGGUAGCAGAGCAACUGGAAGUUGGCAUGGUUGGCGUUAACGAAGGAUUGAUCUCCUCCGUGGAGUGCCCUUUUGGUGGGGUGAAGCAGUCUGGCCUCGGAAGAGAGGGCUCCAAGUAUGGCAUUGAUGAGUAUCUGGAACUCAAGUACGUGUGCUUUGGAGGCUUGUAGGAAUUCUUUCACAAAUAAAAAAGGAAGCUUACCUACAUA